UGCCUCAGCGGGCUGCAGAAUAAUCCAUCACUUCAUAUAAUCAGAACAGUAGUACUCAAAACAAGAUAAGACAGUGUGUUGUCAAUCGCAUUUUUGUUCCACUUGUCAUUCGUGAUAAACAAUUUUUGAGAUUGUGGUCUGAUUAAAAUAAUGAUGUAAUUAAUUAACAGCAGCUAUAGAUUACGUCAUUUUAGUUUUACUCAAAGUUACUACUUUCAGUUUAGUAUACAUUACUGUAAAUAAAAUGUCACGGAAAGGUAACCCAAAAAGCAUUAAAAUUCCUGACAUAGAAGGAUUUAGGAAUUUAAAAAACGCUAAGAGAUUUGCAAUAGAUAUAGGAGGAACGUUAACAAAGAUAGCCUAUUAUUCUACUGUGUCUCAAAGAAUAGUUAACUAUGAAGCUGAAGAAAGUGGGGGUGAUGAGGAUAAGUUUGACACUCUGGAAGGUUCAAGGCUACAUUUUGUUAAGUUUGAAACAAAGUAUAUUGCAAGCUGUUUAGAUUUUGUGAGGCAAAAUUUAGUUGCCAGUCGAGAAUUAAUGACUGGGAAGAAAAUAAAAGCAACUGGUGGUGGAGCCUACAGAUAUGCAGAUCUUUUGCAUGAAAAACUUGGAUUAUCGGUUGACAAGGAAGAUGAAAUGGCUUGUCUCAUUAAGGGUUGUAACUUUUUACUGAAGAAUAUCAGCGAUGAAGCGUUUAUCUAUCACAGGCACGGUGACCCAGAGUAUGAGUUUCAGUUGGCUGACCCUAACAUAUUCCCUUACCUGCUCGUCAACAUAGGGUCGGGAGUUAGUAUUAUGAAGGUAGAAUCCGAAGACAAAUAUGAGAGAAUAGGAGGUACAGCAACUGGGGGAGGAACAUUUUGGGGUCUGGGAUCACUACUCACAAAAGCCAAGGGUUUUGACGAACUUUUAGAACUAGCAGAGAAAGGUGACCAUAGACAUGCAGACAUGUUGGUCCGUGAUAUAUAUGGAGGUGACUACCAAACAUUGGGUUUACCAGGCGACUUGAUUGCAUCAUCGUUUGGAAAAGUUUGUCCAAAAAGAGGGAAUGAGGUUCAGUGUUCUGAGGAAGAUGUUGCUCGAAGUCUAUUGUUCACAAUUAGCAAUGAUAUUGGACAAAUUGCGUGCCUUUAUGCUAUGAUGCACAAGCUAAAUAAGAUUUAUUUCGGAGGUUAUUUUCUGAGAAACCACCCUCUGAGCAUGCACACCAUCUCCUUUUCCAUCAACUUCUGGUCUCGGGGGUCCGUACAGUCACGAUUCCUGCGUCAUGAAGGCUAUCUGGGCGCUAUCGGAGCAUUCCUGAAAGGUGCUGAAGAGGAUGAGGACAAAUACUCGUGGCUGGAGAACUAUGCAGGCAGCUCAGGACUGCAGACACAGGCCUCGGUGGUGCUGGAGAAUGGAGUACCUGUGGAUCAGUUGGAGCUGGAUUGUUGGCAGUCUCCGCUUCUAUUCUGCCCUCUGCUGGCUGAUCCAACCAAUUAUGUUCCAGACACUGUUGACUUGAAUGCAGAUCAUGAAGCUAGAGAAUACUGGUUACAAUGCUUUGAAUCACAAGUAGACAAAUUUGUCCAGAAAGCAAUUGAAAGCCAGCCACAGAGUAAAACAGCUCCAACCAGAGGACAACAACUAAAGGAGAAAUAUCUUUCCAGACUACAACAUUUGAAACAACAGCCAUUUGCUUAUGGAAAUUUAACAGUGAGAAGUCUACUGGACACCAUAGAGCAUUGCCUAAAGGAGUUUGAUUUUCCUGAUCCCUAUCUUGCCCAAAAGCAGUUAGAGAACGAGUGUGCCCUGGCACUGUUGCCUGAGAGAUUGGCAGAACUGGACACACUGGGAGAGAGAGAGAGGAACAUAGAUUUGGCCACAUCUGUUUUGGCAGGCAAUAUGUUUGACUGGGGAGCCAAGGAAGUGGUGGACCUCAUGGAGGCUGGGGGCUUUGGCUUCAAACAGGCCAGAGACAGAAUACCAGAAAGGCCAUGGCUAGUUGAUUGCUUGGACAGAUGGUUGGAAAGGUUGGAGGGAUCUCCUCACAAGUGUGCUGCCAUAUUUAUAGACAACAGUGGUGUUGACUUUGUACUCGGGAUACUCCCAUUCGCUAGAGAGCUGCUCAGGCGGGGUACAAAGGUUAUCUUAUGUGCCAACUCGGCCCCAGCUCUCAACGAUGUGACCCACUCUGAGCUGCUGGUCUUGAUACGGCAGGUGUCUUCCAUGUGUGAUGUCAUUGCGGGGGCGGUCACUGAGGGCAGACUGGUUGCUAUGGAAACAGCACAGGCUGGCCCAUGUCUUGACCUUAGCAAGUUAGACCGGGAGCUGGUGAACGCGUUGGUACAUGUGGACCUGUUGGUGCUGGAAGGAAUGGGAAGAGCCGUUCACACUAAUCUAGACGCAAAGUUCACUUGUGAGACUCUGAAGAUGGCAGUAAUCAAGAACCGGUGGCUUGCAAACCGUCUUGGUGGUCCAAUGUUCUCUGUAGUCUGCAAGUAUGAGAAUCCACACUCAUAACAGUAAUAUUACUUCUUUAUUUACACUUUGAUGAUGGGUUUAAAGUCUAUAUGUGGUGGAUGUACAGGAUAUUGAUCAAGUUAAAUUUGGCUGUUUGACACCCAAACAAUUACUGGUUUGCUUCAAUUAUAAGAAAAAAUUAAUUUUUAAUAGAUAAUAUGCAAUACCAGUGCACACCAAGCUAAUGUAGAAUGUUAGGGAAAGAAAUAAUACUUAUUUGUGGUAAUAACAUUAGUUUUGCACAGCGUUACUCUAUUAAUAGAAAUUAUAAACCUUAUAUGAUAGUAUGCAUUUUUUCUUUUUAAACCAAGGAACUUUACUUGAUAUGUUUGUGGUUGAACAUUUCUCUAUCUCGGAUUAUUGUAUCUUAAGAGGCUUGUCACUAGUUUACAUCAUCCAUAGUUAGGACUAUUCAAAUUAACAAUAUGAUGCCAAUUCAGUAAUGUAUUUUAAUUAAAUAUCAUAUACUUGUUUUAUGUGAGUAAUAAAAACUGAGUAAAAUGUGAAUUUAUUGUUAAUUCUCAUAUUUGUCACGAAAUAGUUUCAAUUUGUUUGUUAACUUUAAUUCUUGUGCCUAUCAAAAUAUAAUUAAAGUUUGACAGUAACAUAUUAUGAUUUCUAUAUAAUCCUGAUGUUUAGCCACAACAUAAACUUUUAAUAUUUUACAUUAACAUUAUUGUUAUACUACAUAAUGUUCGCCAGCUAAAACUUUACUGUAAGCUUAACCAAAUGUCUUCAUGAGAGUUUGCUCUAUAAUGUGAUUGAGAAUAGUACCAUUGGAGAGAUUAUAUUUUUGGUUUACAAAGUCAUUAAAUUUUAAUCUUUUACUUUGUAUUUUGGAUAAAAUCUAAAAAUUUAAAAGUGGUAUAGUAUAAGUAAACUGGUCAUGGUUUCAAAUGUAUAAACAGUAUGUAACAACUUGAUUUUUUAAAUAAAUUAGCCUUUAUUAUUGAAUUAUCAUUUUUUAUCUCAAGAUUUUUCAUAUAAUUUAUAGAUGAAUUCUUAACAGUUAAAUAAUUUAUAAAUGGUUUGAUUUAUCAUAAGCAGUAGAUGAUUUUACAUUUAGUUGUAAUCUCAUGAAAAAAUGAAGAAUUCACAUUUUUAAAUUACUUCAAAUUUAAAUUCAUAAGUAUGAUAGAAGCUGAAAACUGUAAAUUAUUAAAAUAAUAAGUCAAUAAAAUAACCUUUUAGAAAUUACAUUUUUGGCUAAUGCAGCAAAGUUUGGUGUACAUUUCAAAGGGUAUUUUAAAAAUGAGAAAAUAAGGACUUAAGAGAUUCCGAAGUGGAGUCUUUCAUUUGUGGGCCAACUGUUGUAUCAACCUAGAAUUUUGUUUCAUAUGAAGAGCAUUACAUUUUAAUACCUUGGUUUUGGUCAUACAGUUUUGUAAGGUGUCCAACUAAUUUUUAUAAAUUAUCACAUUGUAGAUAGUAUCUGUCUGUUUGGUGGUUUUAUAGCUAUUGAUUCAACAAAAGGGAUCAGUGUUCAGUGACAAUCAGCAUAUGUUUGUUCCAUUCUGGCCACAAAAAGAGCAAAUGAUGUAAUUCCUGUCAUUUAUGAGUUUUGUCCUCACAACACCAGAAGUGAGAAGACGAAAUACCAUCCAUCAAACAUUACAAUUGUAUGAACAGGUGAACAUGUAGCCUAUGACCAUGACAUUUUACAACUUUAUAUGACAUUUCACACAAUAUCAAGAUCAAACAUGAAAAAUAUUAUUAAAUAGAAAAGGUUUAAGAACAUAUCUUGAUACAAAUUUAAUAUAUUUAUCUAUUCGAUGAAUUUUUCAACCUCCAUGAAAUAAAUGGUGAAAGGGAAAUAGAUCCUAGAAAACAUAACAUGUUUUGUAAAGUGGCUUUUAAAUCAGAACAUUAAUUUUUCAUGUAAACUAGCAAUAAUCAUCUGAGUCAUGACGAAAGCCAAGUUUUAUUGUAGAGGUCUUUACCUAUUAACUCCUGAUCAAAUAUUCGUAUGAUGGUAUUUUAUAGAAAUAUUAGAAACAAUACAUCGUAAGCCUAAUAGUAAUUUCCUUUUAUUGUCAGUCACUGUGUAAAUUUAAUGCACAGAAAACAAAAUUUUAUAGACUUAUCCCAUUUAAGUGUACUAAAAGUAGUAAAAGUACAGAUGUUUGCAUUGACAUAGUUAGGCGACAAAUCGUCUGAUAAUAGCACCAAGCAAACAAAUAUGUUCAGAAUAUGUUGUAGUUCCUGUAAUAACCACUAGAGAGUACAAAGAGUAAUGUUAAAAAAGUUUAAUAGUUUGAACUCCUGUCCCGUCUACAGUUUACGUGAAUAGCUAACUGACAUUGGAAGGUGUAAUGUUAAGCAGAAGUGGUGUUAACAUAUUGAUAUAAUGCUAAUCAUCUGAUAAUUUCACUUUUAUUUGUAUACUGUUUGUAUUGCUCAAAUAUAUGUGUAUAUUUUAACUAAUUGUGUAUAAUUAUACAUAUCAAACUCUAUAAUUAAUCAUAAUUUUUGGGUGUUUGUAAAUCGUAAUGCUAUAUAAAGUGUGUCAUCUAUUUUCAUCAGUACCAUAGUAUAAAUAGUUUAGUUUCCUGGUCUCUAAUUUGAUUGUAUUUGUUAAUUAUUUCUCUUACUUUGCUGUUUGUUAUAUGAGUGAAGAAACUGAAAGUGCAUGUGAGAAAGGAAGUGAAGUGGUUUACCUCUCGUACAGCUUAUGAUUAAACCAUCCAUCACAUAGAAAAAAAUUUCUGGUUCUGUUGUAAUUUUUAAGAUUUUUGAAAGCUAGGGAUAGGAUUAAAAAUUUGCAAUAUUUAACCAAUUUGAAAUCUUAAUCAAGUAUUCUUUUUACUGCUCUGCAUCUUUCUGUAAGUUUGUUCACUCACCUCACAAUUUAUUACAACUAAUUAAUACUAUUAGCAAAAAUGUAGUUAUUAAUAUGUUGUUAUUAUAAAUUCCAACUUUUCUCAUUUUAUUUCUUUAAAAUCACUUACAUUUUUAAAUAAAAAAUAUCAAAUUUGUGUUGUUUAGGUUUUUAAAUUCUUAAUCUACCUUACAAUUCAAACUCAUUUCCAGUAAUUUUUCACCUUACCUUAGUAACCCAAUGUUAUAGGAGCUUAAUCCGUCUUGAUAUCCGUCAUUUUACAUUAAAUAAAACAAGUGUUUGUUGCCUUAUAUUCUCCACCUAAAGCAGUUUAGAUUGUUUUAGAUCAGUGUAAACAUCCUAUAAAUUCAUCUUUGACUAACUUUCUUCACACACGAAUGGAUUAGAACACAAGUACACUAAACUGUUUUACAUUAAAUAUCCUAUUGUACUGUAUCUAUUUAUACAAAGUGUUAAUUGAAAUUUCAAACGGUUUUCCUUUUAUGUAAGGAAAAAGAUGUAUUUACAAUAUACUAUUUGUUAUUCUUAAUAAAGUUUAUUCUUUGUUGAA